GGUGCUGACUUCCGGCCCGGGAGCCGAGCGAGUUUGGGGAGUCGCGAGUGAGUGCGUCAGCCUCACUGAGCCUUUUUCAAGUGUGCGUCUGAGUCUGCAUGUCUAUGAAAUGCUCAUGUCUCUGAUUCCAAAAAGACACACUUUUCACUGGUAUCCAGGAGACCCGCUUCCCAGUGAUAAGAAAAGAGAUGGAAUCUGAUCUGCAGGAUGGAAGUGGCAACCAGUAAGCCAGUUCGUUGAAGCAAACCAUGGCUGCAAUAAGGAGUUCCCAGGCACACCCGUCCCCAAGCAAGGACUCCACACAGGGACAGAAAUCAGCCCUGCACAACAACGGCCCUGACCAUGAAGCUUCCCGCCAGCGCUUCCGGCAGUUCUGCUACCAGGAGGUAGCUGGUCCACAUGAAGCUUUUAGCAAACUCUGGGAACUCUGUUGUCAGUGGCUGAGGCCUAAGACACACUCAAAAGAGCAAAUCCUGGAGCUGCUGGUUUUGGAGCAGUUUCUGACCAUCUUGCCAGAAAAGAUCCAGAACUGGGUGAGGGAGCAGUGUCCAGAAAAUGGUGAUGAAGCUGUGGCUCUGGUUGAGGAUGUACAGAGAGCACCUGGGCAGCAGGUCCCGGAAUCUGGGAAGGACUUGAAAAUGCCCAUCGAGGAGACGGCCUCUUUGGGAGCAGCCAGAGAAUCACUGAGAUCCCACCUGAAACAGGGGGUUCUUCCAGAAGAAUGGACUGUGAAGGGGUCACGGAGCUCACCCCAGAGACCGUGGGGACAGUCAGAAGCCUGGCUUACUCUGCAGGCUCCCGGGAACCUUCCUCAGAGGAGGGGUCUUGGAGACCAGGAGACAGGUGCUGUGCUCCACAUAGCUGGGGCCCAGAGACGAGCCACAUGUGAGGACAGAGCCAUAUCCCUCUGUCAGGAAGGGCAGAUAACACCUGGCCCCAAACAGAGGGCCCUCUACAGGGGUGAAGCACAAGAGCCAGACUCAGCAAAUGGGACAGAGCCUGGCCCACCCUGGGCGGCCGAGGACACCAGGACUCUCCUGUCUGUUCUCAGCAGCCUCGACACUCCUGGCCAUUCUCAGUUUUAUGAAAAACUCCAGACCCAUCAGCAGAACAGCCAGAUCUCCAGGGCCUUGGUGGAACAACUCCAGGAGCAAAGCUUUCUGCAGACCCCAGAGCAGCAUCGCACCAAGUGCAAAAGCCUGCAGUUGAGUUCCCGCAACAUGAGGAGAGGCUAUGUGCCUGAGCCUUGUAUCUUUUACGAGGAAACUGAUGCCCUUUCCAGCCCCUGGGCCUCUGCACCUACUAUGGCAAGCAGUACUGAUCCUGGCCAAGAGGGAAGUGAGGCUAGAGAGCUGAGUCAGCAGAAUGGGGGGCCCACAUAGGCUGGAGAAGGUACCACCGUGGAUGGUGAAGACUGGGAGGAAGAGGAUUUCAGGGAUCCUGGCCAGGCGGUUAGGAGGGUUGGCCUGCCAGACCUGUUCCCAAACAGACGUGGUAUUGAGAUCAAGAGCGGGAUUACAAAAGAGAAUUGGAAAUGGGAUGAUACAGAGGAAGCAGAAAUUAGCAAGCCUUUUCAGAGAAAGUCCAGUGAAGUCUUCUGGCAUUCUGAGCUAAAAAGAGGCUGGGCGGGUGCUCCAGUGUCAAGAAGGCAACGAAGAUGUUCUCCAGGGGAGAGUGAGGAGAAACCCCCAUCCCAGAAGAGAAUGAGUCACCAGAGACUUCGUACUGGGGAAAAGGCCUGUACACAUUUCCUGUGUGGGAGAAACUGCUCUCAGAGUUCUACCUCUCACCACCAGCCAGUCCCCAAAGUGGAAAAACCUUCUAAAUGUCACGAAUGUGGGAAAAGCUUUAGCCGAAGUUCUUAUCUUGUUCGACACCAGAGAAUCCACACGGGAGAGAAGCCUCACAAGUGCAGUGAGUGUGGGAAAGGCUUCAGCGAGCGCUCCAACCUCACUGCCCACCUAAGAACUCACACAGGGGAGAGACCCUACCAGUGUGGGGAAUGUGGGAAAAGCUUCAACCAGAGCUCCAGCCUCAUUGUCCACCAGAGGACCCACACGGGGGAGAAGCCUUAUCAGUGCACUGUCUGUGCAAAGAGAUUCAACAACAGCUCCCAGUUCAGCGCUCACCGGCGAGUCCACACUGGGGAGAGCCCACACAAGUGUGGGCAGUGUGCGAAAAGCUUCAACAAUGGCUCCCACUUGAGUGCCCACCAGAAAACCCACACGGGAAAGCCUUACCAGUGCUCUCAGUGUGAGAAAAUCUUCACUAAGAACCCUUCCCUCAUCCACCAUCAGGGGGUGCACACAGAAGAGGUUCCCAUAUCCCAGGAAGGAAGGCAUGUGCUAUGAGUGUGGAAGAAACCCGACGGAUCAAUUCCUUAUGUCAACACGUGUUUCUGGCGCUUCCUUCUGCUUGUC